AGUACGAACUCCACAAUCUAACGCCUCCCAUUUCAAAUAUUUUAUCCGACAAUUUUUUUGUUUUUCUUUUUUCUCAACCUCCAUCAAAAUUCGUUUUCUUGACGAAUCUUCAAACUUCCCUCACAGACUCGCAGUGCGUUUCUUCGAAGCUCUCAGACUUCAACUUCGCUCGCAAAUUCUCCUCUGAGUUCUUUCUCCCGCGUUUCUCCCAAUCUUUCAGUAACUUUCCUAUCUUCCUCCAUUACUAUUUAUUCUAUAAAGAGCUUAAACUUCCCUUUUGCUUCUUGAUAAAUCGGGUCGUAGAGGUGAGAGAGUCGGGUUAGUGCAUGACGAGCGCAUCGGAGCUAUUCUACUCCCGGAGGUCUCGCCUGGGUCGGAGCGACCAGGAUCUAGGGUUCGAUCGAAUUUCUCCCUACAACCGCCGCCAUCAUAGCGAUCUUCACAGCCAUCAGCCCUAUCACCAUCAUCGCCGUGAUUUGGACGGCUGCAAUCCUCCCCGGCGAUCCCCGCAUGUGUCGCAUCACACGGAGCGUGCAUCAGUUCGAUCUGGUCCGAGUCAGUUUGUUGCAAGCAACAAUUCUAACACAGAAAAUUUAAGCAGCAGGAGUAGGCCGAGGUUAACUGAGAAUGACAGGCUUCCUGGGGCUGUGCUGCUUGCAAGGGCAAGGCUUCUGCAGAGGUUGAGAGGGGAGCCUCUUUCUGGAAACAGGGAAAGCGACAGACCUCCGUCUUACAUUAACCGUACUGAAAUAAUGUUUGAAGAUGAUAUAAGUGGGCUGGUUGAUGUUGGUAACAUGGGGAAUCGAACGUCAACAGGUCAGUCAGUUGGAAGCUCAACCAUUACCGACUUGAGCUCCCGAAUUGAGAGGCUGCAAUUAUUGCAAGAACCAAAGAAGAAGCCGCCUGGUCUCACUCAGGAGGCUCUUGACUGUUUGCGCGUGGAGGUUUAUAGCAGCACAGUUGAGGGGGUGGUGUCAAGAGGUUCACAGGAUUGUAGUAUAUGUCUGGAGACUUUCUCAGAGGGAGACGAGCUUAUACACUUGCCCUGUGGGCAUAAAUUCCACUCUGCAUGCUUGGAUCCCUGGGUUCGAACCUGUGGGGACUGUCCGUAUUGCCGUCGAGAUAUAGUCAUAACUAGUCAUAGAGAGAUAAAAAGGACGUAAACUUUACAAGUACCUUUUUAUAGCCUGAAUUUCUUAUACUGUUGAAAGUUCUGGGUCUCUACUAUUUUAUAUAGUUGCCUUAAAAAAUUGUAGAUAUGUAAUCCUUGUAUCUAUUGUUUUGUUGCACACCUGUAAAGUCUUGAACGCAUGUUUUAGAUCCCUACUCUUAAGUGAGAAAUUUGUUUCAUUCCCUUGAACGUGAAUUUUAAAUCCAUGUUUUAUGUUUC